UGCGGGGCGGGGGGACCAGCCCGCGUCCUGCAGAACAGGCCCAUUGACACGGGGGGGGGACAUUUCCCUUUUUCUGAAGCAGGAAACACCCCCCUGGGCAGGGCUGGGAAAACGGACCAGACUCCCAGUGCUGGAGCCUGACCCCAGUGGCCAGGGGCUGCUGUGAAGUACGAAGGGAAGCUGUCGGGAUUCCUGUCCCCGUCCCCGGCUCAGAGCUCUGCUUCCCGUGUCAGCCUGUGGCUGGCGGGCGUGUGGGAAAUGAGAAGACCCUGCCCUGCUCCGUGUGCUGGGGGGACAAGGAGCUCUCACCUUCUCCCACCCCCUGAAGCCUCCCGGCUGCUCUGAGCAGGGUGUGUGUCUGUGGGGGGGAUUCUGCGCCUCCUCCCCCAUGACUAGUGGGACUGUGGCUGGGGCAGCAGGUGCUGAGUGGGGGACUCUUGUUGUUCCAGAUGCCGGUGACCUUCGAGGAGGUGGCUGUGUAUUUCACCCAGGGGCAGGGGGCUCUGCUGGACCCCGCUCAGAGAGCCCUCUACGGGGAUGUCAUGCAGGAGAAUUACCAGACGGUGACCUCGCUGGGAUUCCCCAUUCCCAAACCUGACCUGAUCGCCCAGCUGGAACGAGGGGAAGAGCCAUGGGUCCUGGAUCUCCAGGCCGGUGAGGAAAGGGAGAGUCUGAGAGGCACCCGCACAGCAGGUGAUAGGACAGUGAGUGAGAACAAGGAGGAGAAUCAGCAGGAGGAAGUUCCUGGGAAAUUGGAACCAGAGGAGACUUUUUUCAGAAGAGCCACAGGGAAUUUUUUCCAGGGCUUAGAACCGGGAAAUGCCUGGGGAGAUUGACACAGAUCAGCAAUGCAGCUGGGAAACUGUCCCAGGAAGAAACUGGAUGAAUGCAUUCAACGUGGCGGAAGAUGCAAGGAUCUCAAGGAAACCAGAGUCCAGCAGACAAGUCACAAUGAAGCGAAACCUUACAAAUGCCUUGACUGUGGGAAAAGAUUCCGUAUCAGUGCAAACCUUAUUAUUCAUCAGCAAACGUACCUUGGAGAGAGACCUUACAUAUGCCUUGAGUGUGGGAAAAGUUUGUUUGAAAUCAACCCUUAGUACACAUCAGAAAACCCACUCAGGAGAGGAACCACAUAAAUGCCUGGACUGUGGGAAGGGCUUCAUUCAGAAGUCGCAACUUAUUAUACACCAGAGAGUAAACACAGGAGAGAGACCAUAUAAAUGCCUUGAGAGUAGGAAAAGCUUCAUUAAGAGCUCAGCGCUUACCAACAUCCGAUAAUUCACAAGGGUGAGAGCAAUCCUACUAAUAGCUUGACUGCAGGAGAAGAUUCAAUUUGACUUCACGCAUCAGUGAUCAACACAACAGAGAGACCUUGAAUGUUGGGGAAGGUUCAUUUGGUGCUCCCGGAGUACCAGGCAUCUGCAGAUCCGCACAGGGAAGAAACCUGUGAGAUGUUCUCAGUGUGGAAAAUGCUCCAAGUGGAGCUAACACCGUGUUGGACAUCAGACUCCUCCACAUAGCAGGGAAAUUCUCUCAGGGCCUUGACCAAGGCUGGCCAUGGUGACAAACCCAUUUCCUUGUUCCCUCAGGCAUCAGGGGCGUUUGGCUCCCAAGGACCCAGCUGUCCAUCAGUGACCCUCUGGUUCUGUCUGGUCUAAGCAAACCCCCGGCAGAGGAGGAAAAGUCUCGAUCAGCCCCUCCUCCCUGCUGCAGCCCUGGGUGUUGAGCUAUGAGCCGCAGGUGGGAGAAGGGAGAGAGAAACUCCUCCAGCCCCUCCGUCUGCCUGGCUGAAGUUCCCCCCCCCCCCCUUCCCCUCCCAGAUGGGAUCCCCCUGCCAUGGAGAUGAGGAGAAGGACACUUGGGCCAGGCCCCACCUUCACUCUAGACACCUGUCCCCAGCCCCCAUCUUCCACCAGCCACUGGGCUGGGCUCCCCCACUUACCUGGAGCUGUUCCCUGCAGGGGGAGUGUCCCUGGGGGCUGGUAACUCCUCCCCUCCCCAAAUCACUUAUGGCCCUGGGCUGUGGGAGAUCAGAAGUUAAGGGACCAGGGUGAUGGGUUAUGGGGAGGAAACUGGAGAUUGAAUGG